AGUAAGAAAAAACUAGAGAAGAAGAAAUCAAAUCCACAAACAACAAAAAAAUAUAUUAAUUUUGUUAGAUUGAAAAAAUAUAAACACCAAAAAAAUAUUAAUUUUGUUAAAGAGAGUUUUGCAUAGUGAGUGGAAAAUGGCGCAGAUGCACCGAGAAGAUGUUGAAUCCGUCACGGCGGAUAAGAAAGUAUCAGACGGAGGAGGAGGCGGCGGCGGCGGAUCUUCCGGCGCUCAGGCGUCAUCGUUCAAAUUCAACGCCGAGGCACCGGAGUUCGUACCGCAAUCGCGUGCCGCCGUGGCAACACCGCAGGUUUCUCCGAUCUCCGGUUACUUUUAUCCUUGCUUUCACUACAGCGACGGAGGAGGGACGGCGGUCGGUACUCAGGCGUCGGAUUGGUUCUUCGUCGGAGGAGGAGAUCCUGCUCAGCAUCCACACGUUCACGAUCCGGCGGCUGCGUAUUACGUUCCGAGUCCGGCGGUUCAGUUUCCGGUGAAUCAGAACUCUUCUCCUUCUUCUUCGUUGCUCUCUGAUGAUCUCCGCCUUAAGAUCGUCAAACAGGUUGAGUACCAGUUCACGGAUAUGAGUCUCUUAGCUAAUGAGUCCAUCUCAAAGCACAUGAACAAAGACCCUGAAGGUUAUGUGCCAAUAUCUUACAUUGCUUCGACCAAGAAGAUCAAGGCUUUAACGAGUAACCACCACUUAGUUUCAUUGGCUCUACGCUCCUCCUCUAAGCUUGUUGUGAGUGAAGACAACAAGAAAGUUAAGCGUAAAGUUCCAUUUACUGAUAGAGACAGAGAGGAUUUGCAGGUAACUAAUCACCACGAAACCCUUCAUUAUAUUAUAUAUAUACAUAUUAACUACUUCUUGUUUCUGUUUAUUGCUCUUCAGGGCCGGACCGUUGUUGCAGAGAAUCUACCAGAUGAUCACUCCUACCAGAACCUUGAGAAGAUCUUUGGAGUUGUUGGAAACGUUAAAGCGAUUAGAAUCUGUCAUCCUCCAGAAUCAAACUCCUCUCGUCCAAAAGGAGAUUUCUUGAUGAGCAACAAAAUUCACGCACUGAUCGAGUAUGACCACACUGUUGUCGCGGAUAAAGCUGUGGAGAAGCUGAACGAUGAAAGAAACUGGAGGAAAGGACUUCGUGUGAGGCUGCUUCUUAGAUGCUCGCCCAAAUCAGUGCUCAAGCACAGAAGAAACUUUGAUGGCAUCCUCAUAGAUGAUGAAAGUCCUUAUGAAUCUGGAGAAGACUCUCCACGUCUCCAUUUAACCGAGCAUCAGCUUGAUAACGAGGGUGAUGAGAACACUCUUGGAGGACUGUGGGGAAAAGGGAGAGGAAAAGGAAGAGGACGGUCUCCAAGAAGCUAUGUGGUAGGAGGAGGAGAACGUAGCUUCGGGAUCGGGAUGGGACUCAGCCUCGGCCCAAUGUCACCGAGCCUAGGUUUACACGGAUCUUCGUCUCCAAAAACAGCAACAAAGGGACCAAGGAUGCCUGAUGGUACAAGAGGGUUCACCAUGGGACGUGGCAAACCCGUCAAUCUCAGUCUUAUCUAACAAUCUCUAAGUGAAGGACUACUACUAUUUAUUAUUAUCUAACAGUCUUUAACCAAAUAAUACAUGUGGGUUGGUUUCUUGAGAUAUGAGUUCACAGAAGCAAGGACAUGAGUUUGGGAUGAUGAGGUAACUAUAUAGUGUUUGAACUGAGAAGGCAUGGUGAAGUUUUUUGAGUGUUUUUUUCUUUCUUUUUGCAUUUCUUUUAUUCUCUAACUUGGGCAAUUUCUUUUGUAUGUUUUGAUUUAUUUAUUUCUUUGUGAGAUUAACUGAAUAAUGAAGGGUUUAUAGCACAAGGACUGCAACCCUGUUGUGUAAUCAUUCUCACCUAUUUAUUUUGACUAUAUGUGACUCGAA